AUGCCUCGUCGCUCCUCUCCCAGUGCCCCCUGGCAUAUCCCCGAGGAUAUUCGCUCUCUUUCUCUUGCGUUCCGCCCUCGUGAAGAGCCCAAGCUUACGUCCAACUGUCCUUUUAUCCCGCAGUUCAUCUCGUCUCGUGGCAAUGAGUACUUUUGCGAGAUCGAUGAGGAAUACCUCACUGAUCGGUUCAACUUGACCGGGCUCAACACCGAGGUCCAGUACUAUCAGUACGCGCUUGACCUGAUCACCGACGUGUUUGACCUUGAUGCCGACGAUGACCUUCGCGAGCAAAUCGAGAAAUCCGCUCGUCACCUUUACGGCCUCGUUCAUGCUCGUUACAUUGUGACUACCCGUGGACUGGCAAAGAUGCUCGACAAGUACAAGAAAGGCGACUUUGGAAAAUGUCCUCGUGUCUUGUGUGAUCAACACCCACUCCUUCCAAUGGGACAGGCCGACUUGCCUAACCAGAAGACCGUCAAGCUGUACUGUGCCAAGUGCGAGGACAUUUACAAUCCCAAAUCUUCUCGCCAUGCAUCCAUUGAUGGCGCUUAUUUCGGCUCUUCCUUCCACAACAUCUUGUUCCAGGUCUAUCCCGCUCUCGUGCCAGAGAAAAGCGUGCGUAGAUAUGAGCCUCGCGUCUAUGGCUUUAAAUUGCAUGCUACUGCGGCCUUGGCCCGUUGGCAAGAUUCUCGUCGUGACGAUAUGAGAGAACGACUCAACGCCGCCAAUAUCGAUGCAUCUUUCGUCGAAGACAGCGAAGAGGAGGAAUACGAAUUCGAGGACGAUAACGACGAUGACGACAAGACCGAGGUGGUCAAGGAAGCCGUAACUGGAGAUCAAGCUCCCGCACGCAUGGAUGUGGGUGUCUAA